AUGGCGCGCGCCGGCUCUGAGGAGGUGAUGGUGGUGCGGCCGACGAAGGCGGACUUCAGCCGCCCCUUUGCCGAGUUUGUCGGGAAGGUGCUGAAAAAGCAUCCGGACCUGCCCAUGUUCAAGGUCAUCCCACCUGAGGGCUGGCGGCCACGCAGGAAGCCGUUUCCCAAGCUGGAGACCGUCGACAUUGCGACGCCUAUCAAGCAGAUCGUGUAUGGGAAGGGCGGCGCCUACCGCUGCAUCCUCGUCGAGCAGAGGGGCCUCACCGCGCAGCGGUUCAAGGAGAUCAGCGAGAGCGAGGGCCACACCCCUCCUGAGAGCAAGAGGGGCAAGGACCUGGAGGAUACCCUGCUGGAGAGGAGCUUCUGGAGCAGGUGGGUGUGUUAA